CUCCGGCCGCUCUCUGUGUGCGAAAUCGGCUGGUGUCAUCCUCAGAGAUUGCUGGUCUGAAGAAUCUCGCUGCUGAAUCAUGGGGAAUAUUUUUGGUAAUCUAUUAAAGAGCCUCAUAGGAAAAAAAGAGAUGAGGAUUCUGAUGGUUGGCUUGGAUGCAGCUGGUAAAACAACCAUUCUGUACAAACUCAAACUGGGUGAAAUUGUUACCACCAUUCCAACAAUUGGGUUUAAUGUGGAGACAGUAGAGUAUAAGAACAUCAGUUUUACCGUGUGGGAUGUGGGCGGUCAGGAUAAAAUUAGGCCUCUUUGGAGACACUACUUCCAAAAUACACAAGGUCUGAUUUUCGUGGUGGACAGUAAUGAUCGAGAGCGAGUAAAUGAAGCCCGGGAGGAGCUGAUGAGGAUGCUGGCAGAGGAUGAACUGCGUGAUGCUGUUUUGCUGGUUUUUGCCAACAAACAGGACCUGCCUAAUGCAAUGAAUGCAGCUGAGAUCACAGAUAAACUGGGCCUGCACUCGCUGCGUCACCGCAACUGGUACAUCCAGGCAACCUGCGCCACCAGUGGUGACGGCCUGUACGAGGGCCUCGACUGGCUGGCUAAUCAGCUGAAGAACAAGAAGUGAGGGUCUCAAUCAGGUCUGGAGGGCUUAUUUAGG